GCCUCAAAAGGAUCGUUAAGAAAAUAUAAAAAUAAUUAAUUACACGCAAGAAGAACCUCUCAAAUAAAAACCCCAACCAAAUUUCUCUGCAAUACUCUCUUUCGAAAAAGAAAGCUGACAAUGUCGACUCAAAAUGGCAAUCGGCGAUCGUCGUUUUCGUCAUCUACGACGUCGUAUUUGGCAAAACGGCAUGCGUCGUCGUCGGAGAAUGUGGGAAAAGCCACGGCUUCUUUGGCUAAAAAGAGAGUCCCUCUUAGUAACAUUACUAACCAAAAGAAUACCUCAAGAAGCUCGGUUUCGUCCUCUUCUUUGGUACCAUGUUCAAACAAAAUCCCCAAGCCAAGGAAGACACAGCCUACAAGUAAUGUAGGUUUCUCAGGACAUGUAAGAACCAGUUCAGUUUUGCCUCCCAAGGUUGUUACAUCUUUUCCAAGAGGAAAUGAAGUGGUGUUGCCUCCUCCUAGUAUCUCAACUGUCCCUCCUCCACCAUGUAGCAUGGAGUUUUCUCCUAGGAAAUCAGACGAAGUAUCUGUUUCUAUGGAUGAGACAAUGUCUACUUGUGAUUCUUUCAAAAGCCCUGAAGUCGAAUAUAUGGACAAUCAUGUUGUCACAGCGAUUGAUUCCAUUAAGCGAAAGACGUGCAGCAACCUCUACACAUCGGACCAUGUAGAAGCAACAGGAAAUAUCUGCAAUAGAGAUGCACUGGCAGAGAUGGAAAUGGACGAUAAAAUAGUUGAUGUUGAUGAAAAUUACAUGGAUCCACAGCUUUGUGCAACAUUUGCUUGUGAUAUUUACAAGCACCUACGUGCAUCAGAGGUGAAGAAAAGACCUUCCACUGACUUCAUGGAGAGAAUUCAGAAAGACAUAAAUUCCAACAUGCGUGCAAUACUUAUUGAUUGGCUUGUAGAAGUGGCUGAAGAGUAUAGGCUUGUACCCGAUACGUUAUAUUUGACAGUGAACUACAUAGAUCGGUAUCUUUCAGGGAAUAUGAUGAAUAGGCAACGGCUACAGUUACUUGGUGUUGCCUGCAUGAUGAUUGCUGCAAAAUAUGAGGAGAUUUGCGCACCUCAGGUGGAGGAGUUUUGCUACAUCACUGAUAAUACAUAUUUCAAGGAGGAGGUUCUAGAAAUGGAAUCUUCUGUUUUGAAUUACUUGAAGUUUGAAAUGACUGCCCCCACAGCUAAAUGUUUCUUAAGACGGUUCGUUCGUGCUGCUCAAGGGAUCAAUGAGGUUCCAUCAAUGCAAUUAGAGUGCAUGGCAAACUACAUAGCUGAACUAUCUCUGCUCGAGUAUUGUAUGCUUUGUUAUGCUCCAUCACUUAUUGCCGCUUCUGCAAUUUUCCUGGCCAAAUUUAUGCUUCUUCCUUCAAAGAGACCUUGGAAUUCUACCUUGCAGCAUUACACACUUUACAAGCCCUCUGAUCUAUGUGACUGUGUUGAGGAUCUUCAUAGACUAUGCUGUAACAACAACAAUUCUACUUUACCUGCAAUCAGAGAGAAAUACUAUCAGCAUAAGUACAAAUGUGUUGCAAAGAAGUACUGCCCUCCAUCAAUACCUUCAGAAUUCUUCCAGAACUAAACAUACUCGACAUCAGCGCAACUGUUCCAAUUCUUUGUUGGAUAAACUGUUCUACACCCGUCAUGUGCUGCUUUUUCCAGUUCUGAGAAGAGCAGUUCACCUCGUAUCACUUUUAUUUAGACUAGAUAAACAAAUUAGGAUCUUCCAUGUGUAAGACAGAACUUAACUUUAGUUUAGUGUAAUCAAUGUAGUGUUCAUUUUAUUAAUGGAUGCCACGUGGCAAAACUUAGCCAUGUUUCAUUGUCCAUGUGGCCAAAUUUUGCUACUUCUUGUAAUAUUUCUUUUUUAGUUUUGAAGAAU